AUGUUCCUGUACUGGAAGAAGCGGGGUGCGUACGAGCUGGGGGCUCUGCCCCCCGCGCUGGCGGGCAUGGAGUACGGGGCAGUGGAGCGCUUCUCCUGGAGCUCCAGCCUGGACAUCAGCGAGCAGCUGGCGGAUGAGCAGUGCCCAGCAGAGGAGCAGGGGCUGCGUUGCCAGAAUCCCGACUGUACCGACAAGAGGAGGGCGGCCAAGGUAUGCCACCACGCCAAGUGCCAGCAGCUGAACUGCAGCAGCCCGCUCAGCCUGUGUGAGGCCUGCGACGGGCACCUGCACGACACCAUGCACUUCGAUGGGCACAUCCGCUUCGACCUGUCCCCACCGGGCUCCAUCCUGGCUCGCAACGUCUCCACACGCUCGUGCCCGCCGCGCACCAGCCCUGCCUCCGACAUGGAGGAUGACGACGAGGGACCGGCGGACGGGAGGGGGGACAGGAGAAGCUCGGCACUGAAGCUGCCCAAGAAGAAGGCUCGGCGCAGGCACACGGAUGACCCCAGCAAGGAGUGCUUCACCCUCAAAUUCGACCUGAAUGUUGAUAUCGAGGCAGAGAUCGUGCCGGCCAUGAAGAAGAAGUCCCUGGGGGACGUGCUGCUGCCGGUCUUUGAGAGGAGGGCGAUUGAGCACAGCAAGGUGGACAUCUACCUGGACCAGUCCAACACACCACUCUCCCUCCAGUUUGAGGCGUACCGCUUCGGGGGACACUACCUGCGGGUGAAAGCCAAGCCUGGGGAUGAGCUGAAGGUGGAGCAGGCGGCACGGGAUGCACGCUCAGCCAGCCUGCCCAUCCUGCGCCCCGCCAGCACCGCUGCACUCCUUGGGACAGGGCUGGAUCCAGGGCCGGGCCGCAGGGAGGGCGCUGACAUCCUGGCUCCGGGCAGGCGGCGGAAGAACAUGACGGAGUUCCUGGGGGACGCCAGCAUCCCCAGCCCUGAGCCAUCCCUGCAUGGCAGUGGCUCUCUGCCCACCAAUGGCACCGACACCUGGAAGAACCGUGCUGCCAGCCGCUUCAGUGGCUUCUUCAGCUCCAGCACCAGCACUGGCCCCUUUGGGCGGCAGGAGGUGGACAAGAUGGAGCAGCUGGAAAGCAAGCUGCACACCUACAGCAGCUUUGGGCUGCCCAAACUACCACCGCAGCUCCGCUUCGACCAGGAUUCCUGGGAGGAGGAUGGGGACGACAGCAGCCUGGUGCUAGAAGACAGCUGGCAGCAAAUCAUUGAGGGCACGGAGGCCCUGACGCGCCGGCAGUGCCACCAGCAGGAAGCCAUCUGGGAGCUGCUGCACACUGAGGCCACCUACAUCCGAAAGCUAAAGGUCAUCACUGAUCUCUUCCUCUGUUGCCUGCUGAACCUUCAGGAGUCAGGGCUGCUGUGUGAGGUGGAUGCUGAGCGUCUGUUUGGCAAUAUUGGGGAGAUCAUCCAGCUGCACCGCAGCCUGUGGAGCAGCGUCAUGGCCCCGGUGCUGGACAAGGCCCGCCGGACCAAGGUGCUGCUUGACCCCAUGGACUUCCUCAAGGGCUUCAAGACGUUUGGAACGCUCUUCAAGCCCUAUAUCCAGUACUGCAUGGAGGAGGAGGGCUGCAUGGAGUACAUGCGCAAUCUGCUGCGCGACAGCGAGCUCUUCCGUGCCUAUGUGACGUGGGCCGAGAAGCACAAGCAGUGCAGCCGCCUGAAGCUCAGCGACAUGCUGGUGAAGCCGCACCAGCGCCUCACCAAGUACCCACUGCUCCUCAAGUCCGUGCUGAAGAAGACGGACGAUGCGCGCACCCGUGAUGCCAUCCUCACCAUGAUCAGCUCUGUGGAGCACUUCAUCAACCACGUCAACUCGCGGAUGCGGCAGCGGCAGGAGCAGCAGCGCCUGGCCGCCAUCCUCAGCCGCAUCGAUGCCUAUGAGGUGGUGGAGGGCAGCACGGACGAGGUGGACAAGCUGCUGAAGGAGUUCCUGCGGCUGGACCUGACGGCCCCCAUGCCUGGCACCUCCCCAGAUGACACCCGGCAGCUUCUGCUCGAAGGCAGCCUGAAGAUGCGGGAAGGUAAAGACAGCAAGAUGGACGUCUACUGCUUCCUCUUCACCGACCUCUUCCUCAUCACCAAGCCCGUCAAGAAGGCUGAGCGCACCAAGGUGAUCCGACAGCCCUUGCUGGUGGACAAAGUCAUCUGCCGGGAGCUGAAGGACCCGGGCUCCUUUCUCCUCAUCUACCUGAAUGAGUUUGGCAGCGCCGUGGCUGCCUACACCUUCCAGGCCAGUGGGCAGUCGCUGUGCCGCAGCUGGGUCGAGGCGCUGCACAAUGCACAGAACCUGCUGCAGCGGCUGCGGCUGCAGGAGCAGCAGCGUGGGCAGUGCCGGCGCCUGCAGGAGGAGGAGGAAGAUGAGGAGGAUGGUGAGAGCAGCACCUCGACCGCCAGCUCGCCCACGGUGCUGCGCCGCAGCAGCACCAGCCUGGACUCCCAGCAGUGCCCCUCGGACGGCUCCACCGAGACCAUCUCAGUGGUGGUGGUGGACGGCGGCGAUGAGCUCUCCUCCCCAGAGUCAGAUGUGGGGCCGUUCGGUUCACCGUCAGACAGCAUCUCUGUCAGCACUGGUACCUCCGUCAGCACCGCCACCGGCACCUCUGGCAGCACCCCAACCCACGAGCUGCCCUCUGGCAGCCUGCCCCUGCCCCCCAGUGCCACCGCGCAGCCUGGCAGCUUCUGCUCGGCGUCCAUCGACAGCGCCUACGGCACACUCUCACCCACCUCACCACGGGACUUUCCCCGGCAGCAGGACGUAGGGGCUGAGGAGGGGCCAGAAGCCCUGGCCCCACAGCCCCCCUCACCCCGGCUGCGCCGUCGGACGCCCGUGCAGCUCCUGCCCUGCAAGGCCCGAGUGCUCAAGUCCAAGUCAGAGGCCAGCCUGCUUCAACUGCUGGCCGGACCCCCUACCCCACUCAACCAGAGCCGGAGCCUCUCUGACCUAUGCAUGGCCCCUCCUGCUCCCCCACUGCUCCAGCGGACUAGCCAUUCCCCAGAGCUCCUGGCCCCCGGUGCCAGCAGCAGCAGUAGUGGUGACUCCACUUCAGAGCUCUCAGAGCCGGAGGAGCCCAUGGAGCCCCGUGCACCCACCGUGGGCCAGCCCAGCCACAGCCCUCAGCCCCCUGCCCACCGCACGCUCUCAGACUCCUCCUCAGCGCAGCACCGCAAGCUGACGCUGGCACAGCUCUACCGAAUACGGACCACGCUGCUCCUCAACUCCACGCUGACGGCCUCGGAGGUCUGAGAGCUGCCGGGGCAGUGAGGAUGAGGAUGGACGUGCGGCUGCUCCAAGAGCUCUUCCUGCUUCUAACCGUAGCGUAACGUCGGGGCUGGGCAGAGCGGGCACCCACCAGCUUGUGCCAGGAUGUCACACGUGGGGGACACAGAGCAGUCCCAUCUGGGAGGAUGCAUCCCGGCAGGGCAGCACCGGGCUGCCCAUUGCUACCCAGGGGUGUCCGUGUGGGGCUGGACAUGGCGCACAGUGUGGUCAUGGGGCUGCGCCUGGGGAGGCCAUGGGCUCAGCAGCUCCAUGCGAGGAAGAGGGAUGGCGACGUCGGCAGCGGGGAGUG